AUGAUAUCAUUGAAAAUAGAAUUGAAAACAAUUUAAAAAACAUUAGUAAAGUAUUGUUGCAAACCUUUGACUUUGGAUCAAUUUGUUAAUUUGUAAGAAGAAUACAUAAAGACCAAGACAGAUUAUUUGAUGAGUAAGAAUUUGGAAGUCGAAAGAGCAGUUGAUGAUUUACUCUCUGUCAUUAGAGAAUAUAAAUUAGAUCCACAUGUUGAUUAUGCUGACCCUACAGAAACCAUCAGAAUCAAGAGAUAUUACUUCUGGUAUUUGUAUUAAGCAUUACUUAAUUCAACUUAAAAUUCACUCAAUGCUAUGAAAUACAGAGUAUGCGGAAAGAAAGGACCAGGACAAUCAAGUACUUAAAAUUUGAAACCAUUCUUUGAAGUCGAUGUUCAAUUAUUCAAUAAUUAAGUAAGAUUGAAUCCAAGUUUGGAUGAAAUUUAGAAAGCAAUUAAUAGAGCAGCCACUGCAGUGUUGAGAUGUUCUAAAGACCUCUAUAGUUGGAAUUUGUAGUAGAAGGAAAGCAAAGGUUCAUUUUAUGAGAUGAUUGCUCAAGAUAAGGAAAUUGUAAAAGUCAUAUUGCUAUUGACCGGUUCAAUUUAAGGAACAAGAAACAAAGUUCAUGAUUUCUUAUCAUCAUUCAAGAAGUUCUCAUGGUUGUGGACUGAAAACAUCUAAGAUAACAUUAAUAGUUUCAGUAAGAAGAACCCAACUUUGUAAGAUUAUGAAGAUGCCUUGAAGAAAUUCACAUCAAUUGAAGAAGAAAUCGAUAAAAUUGAAGCAUCUCAUAAAAUUGGUGCCAUGGAAUUAAAGACAGGAAAUUUAUGUAGUGGAUUGAAAGUACAUGCAAAAGAUUGGAAAAAUUUCUAUUGUUAAGAUCUUCAUAAAAGAGCUAGAUAAUUAUUAGACUAAUUGACAGAUUUAACUAAUUAAUAUUCAACCAAAUUAUCCAAGGAAGUUAAGGAUAUUGAUUCUUUAGGAUAUGUUAUGGAAUGUUUAGAAGAUAUUCGUAAGAUUCAAGCAGAAAUUGAUUUGAAAUUUAAUCCAGUUUAAGACAUGUAUGCUCUUUUGGAUAUCUAUUUACCAGGUGGUAUUUCUGAUAAGGAUGAAAUGGAUCAAAGAUCUAUGUUAAGAAGAAAUUGGGAUCAAUUGAUUAGUUAGGCUGAAAUUAAAGGAAAGGAAUUACAAUAGAAAUAAAAGAAUUAUCUCAAGCAAUUGAAGAAGUCAAUUAAGGAAUUCAUUUAAGAAGUUAAUGAUUUCCGUAAGGAUUAUGAAUUGAAUGGACCUAUGGUUGAAAAUAUCACACCAAAAGAUGCAAUGGAAAGAUUGCGUAGAUUUGAGGAUGAAUUUUCUGUGAAAUAGAAGUUCUAUUAAAUUAAUAAGAAGGGUGAAGAUUUGUUUGGUUUAUAAAAUCAAUCCUAUCCAGCUCUUAAAAAGACUUAAGAUGAAUUAACAAACCUAAAGAAAUUGUAUUCCCUAUUUUCAGAAGUUAUUGAAACUAUCAAUAGAUGGAAAGAAGAAUCUUGGGCUGAUGUUUCAGUUGAAUCAUUGAAUUAGAUGGAAGAAAAUUUCACAAAAUAUACAGCCUAAUGUGGUACAUUGCCAAGAGACUUAAGAGAAUGGUAGGCCUAUAAAGAGUUGAAAUUAGAAUUAGAUAAUUUAAAUAAGAUUUUACCCAUUAUCAAGGAAUUGAAGAAGCCAUCCAUCAAGCCAAGACAUUGGUAAAAGAUUGUUGAAACAACAGGAAAGUAAUUGAAUUAUGAAAAUCCUGAUAACUUCUUUAUUUCUGAUAUCAUAAAUUGUGAAUUAUUGGCUCAUGAAGACGAUAUUGUAGAUAUCACAGAUUCAGCAGAUAAAUAAAUUAAGAUUGAAACAAGUUUGAAAGAUAUUGUGGAUAGAUGGUCUACACAAGAAUUCAAAUUCUCAAUUUGGGGAAAAAGAGAUGUACCAUGUAUGCUUAAUGGUUUGAGUGUGUAAGAGAUUACAGAAACUUUGGAAGAAGAUCAAAUGACCUUAUCUUCAUUGAAUGCAUAAAGAUAUGUUGCACCAUUCAAAGUUGAAGUUGAAAUCAAAAUCAGAGAAUUCUCAGAUGUCUCAGAAACAUUGGAUAUGUGGAUUAAAGUAUAGAAGUUAUGGACUGCAUUGGAACCAGUAUUUACAGGUGGUGAUAUUGCUAGAUAAAUGCCAUUAUAAGCUAAGUAAUUUGCAGCUAUUGAUAAGAAUUGGAUGAAAAUUAUGGAAAAAGCAUUUGAAAGCAAAAAGGUUAUUAUCAGUUGUUAAAAUGAUAUGUUGAAGGACUUUUUACCAGAUUUGUAAAAGAAAUUAGAAGAUUGCUAAAAGAUGUUGGAAGCCUAUUUGGAAGGUAAAAGAAAGAAGUUCCCAAGAUUUUACUUUGUGGCUAAUCAAGAUUUAUUAAAGAUUUUAUCUCAAGGAAGUGAUCCAAAGAGUAUUCAAGAAGAUUUUGAAAAGUUGUUUGAUGCCAUCACUAAAGUCACAUUUGGAAAGAACACAGAGAAGAAAGGAUCUACUGAAUUAGUGAUCCAAUAAAUUAUGUAAAGUGCAGGAAAAGAUGAAGAAAUUGUAGAUUUGAAUUAAAAUGUUAAGUGUGAAGGAAAUAUUGAAGGUUGGUUAAAGACUUUAGAAUUACAAAUGCAAUCUACACUAAGAGAUAUUACAAGAACAGCUUGCAGUGCUUGUUUCACUAUGGGAUUAAAGGAUUUCUGUAAGGCUUAUUGUUCUUAAAUUGCCUUGUUGGGUAUUUAAGUCAUUUGGACUCAAAAGAUCACAGAAGCAUUAGAAAAGACUGGAAGAUAAGAAAAUAAGAAUAUCAUGGAAACAAAGAGAUCAGAAAUUAGAGACAUGAUGGCUGUAUUGUCAGCUAUGUGUUUGGAAGGAUACAAAAGCAAUUUAGAAAGAACUAGAGUUGAAACAUUGGUCACAAUCCAUGUCCAUCAAAGAGAUAUUGCUCAGGAGUUGAAAUGCAAAGACAUUAAUGAUUUCGAUUGGUAAAAGUAGACUCGUCUUUAUUGGAAAUAAGAUUAAGACACUUGUGUUAUUUCAAUUACAGAUUGGGAUUAAGGAUAUGCCUAUGAAUUCUUGGGAUCUAAGGAAAGAUUGUGUAUUACUCCUUUGACAGAUAGAUGUUACAUUACAUUGGCUUAAGCUAUGUCUAUGUAUUAUGGUGGUGCUCCUGCAGGACCAGCUGGUACUGGUAAAACUGAAACCGUUAAGGAUUUGGGUAGAACUUUGGGAGUCUUUGUCGUUGUCACAAAUUGUUCAGAUUAACACAGAUAUAGAGAUAUGGCUAAGAUUUUCAAGGGAUUAUGUUAAUCAGGUUUAUGGGGUUGUUUCGAUGAAUUCAAUAGAAUUGAUUUGGAAGUACUUUCUGUCGUGGCUAUGUAAGUAGAAGCUAUUACAACUGCAAAGAAAUAACAUCUUAAAGAAUUUAUGUUCCCUGAAGAAGUUGCUCCAAUUGAAUUACAAUAAUAAGUAGGAUACUUCAUUACAAUGAAUCCAGGAUAUGCUGGUAGAUAAGAAUUACCAGAAAACUUGAAAGCCUUAUUUAGAGGAGUGUCUAUGAUGGUUCCAGAUAGAGAAAUUAUUAUUAAAGUCAAGUUGGCUUCUGUUGGUUAUAACUCAAUUGAUGCAUUAGCCAAAAAAUUCAAUGUUUUAUAUCGUUUAUGCGAAGAACAACUUUCAAAAUAAAGACAUUAUGAUUUCGGAUUACGUAAUAUCUUAUCAGUGUUAAGAACAGCAGGUAAUACCAAAAGAGAAGAACUUAAAUCUGAUGAAGAAAUGCUUUUAAUGAGAUCCUUAAGAGAUAUGAAUUUGAGUAAAUUGGUGGCUGAUGAUAUUGCCUUGUUCAAUGGAUUAUUACAAGAUAUCUUCCCUAAAUAAAGUGAUAUCAAAAAGAAGGAAUAUCCAGAUGUUGAGAAAAUGAUCCCAUAAGUCAUCUAAAGAAAAGGAGGUUUAAUCAAUAACGAUAAAUUCCAAUUGAAGAUCAUUUAAUUAUAUGAAACAGCUUUGGUCAGACAUGGUUUUAUGUUAGUGGGACCAUCAGGCAGUGGUAAGACCACUAUUAUGGCCGUAUUGACAGACUCAUUAACUGAUUUGGGACUUCCUCACAGAAUCACAAGACUUAAUCCUAAAGCCAUUACAGCCUAAGAAAUGUAUGGUGUCAAGAGUGAAAUCUCAGAUGAUUGGAUUCCAGGUAUUUUCAGUACAAUUUGGUAGAAAUCAAAUAGCAGAAACAAUAAACAUACUACUUGGAUUACUUGUGAUGGUCCAGUGGAUGCUAUUUGGAUUGAAAACUUGAAUACAGUGUUAGAUGACAAUAAGAUUCUUACUCUAGCCAAUGGUUAGCGUAUACCAAUGACAGAAAAUUGUAAAUUGGUGUUUGAAGUAGAAAAUCUGAAUAAUGCUUCACCAGCAACAGUCAGUAGAUGUGGAUAAGUUUAUAUUUCACCAACAGAUUUAGGAUAUGAACCAGUAUGGAAAGGAUGGAUAUUACAAAGAAAAUUAGAUGCAAGAGUUGAUGAAUCAGAAAAAUUGAAUGUUCUACUCAAUAAAUACUUUAACACUCACCUUAUCUUAGAAACAAUAGACAAGACAUGCAAGAAUCCAGUUAUGGAUAUCUCUUAUGUAUUAAGGGUCUAUCAAACCUUAAAUCUCCUCAAUGGUAUUUUGAGACCAUUGGUAAAUGCUAACAAAACAUUGACUGAAUAAGAUUAUGAGAAAGUAGUUGUCUUUGCUUUGACUUGGGGAGUAGGUGGUAUCUAUGAAGUGCAAGAUAGAAUCUUAUUCCAUGAAUUCUUUGCCUAAAAAGGAGCCCCAAUUCCAUACAAAGCUAAGGAUGGUGAAACAGUCUUCGAUUACUACAUCUACUUAGAUGAAAGAGGAACAUGUGAAUGGAAACUGAUAUCACCAGAAGAAUGGAAGGCUCCAGAUAAAUUUUAAUUCUCUCAAUUACUCAUGCCUACUGUCGAUUCAUUUAGAGCCGAAAUGAUCUUAUCCUACAUUCUUAAUCAACCAAAGGCAUCACCAUAACCACCAGUCAGUUGCAGUUACGUUAUCUUAGUCGGAGGUAGUGGUACAGCCAAAACAUCAAGUGUGCUUAUGUAUGCCAACAAAUUCAACAAAGAAAAGAUGUUGUUCAAGAGAAUCAACUUUUCAUCUGCUACUCUACCUAGUCACUUCUAAGCUGCUAUUGAAGCUGAAUGUGAUUUCAAAAUAGGUAAAGAUUUUGCUCCUCCUCAAAAUAAAAACAUGACUGUAUUCAUUGAUGAUCUUUCUAUGCCUUUUGUAAAUAAGUGGGGAGAUUAAGUCACCUUGGAAAUAGUUAGACAACUCAUCGAUUAGGGUGGUUUCUAUAUGUUAGACAAAGCCUAAAGAGGUAACUUCAGAGGUAUCAAAAACCUUACAUACAUCGGAGCUAUGUAACAUCCAGGAGGUGGUAGAAAUGAUAUCCCUAACAGAUUGAAGAGACAAGCAGUCAUUUUCAAUAUGAUUUUGCCACUCUCAGUUGAAGGCAUUUAUGGUCCCAUCAUCAAACAUUAAUUCAAGGCUAAAUACUUCUCAGCUGAUGUGAAUAGAGCUAUUGAUACAUUAACUGGUGCAACCAUUUAAAUUUGGAAUAAAGUCAAAGCAACUAUGUUACCAACACCAGCCAAAUUCCAUUAUGUGUUCAAUAUGAGAGAUCUAUCCCGUGUCUUCAAGGGUAUCUUAUCAGUAAGAAAGGAAACAAUAAACACUGCUGCUUAAGUUGGACCAAUGAAAUCAGAUGUAUUUUUAGUUGGAUUGUGGAUGCAUGAAUGUGAAAGAGUCUUUGUAGAUAAAAUGACUAACCAAAAGGAUAAGGAUCAAGUAUGUAAUUACAUUAAAGAUAUUGCUUUGGAUCUAUAUAACCAUUUAGAUAGUGAAAUCUAAGAUAAAUACAGCAAGGAGAAGUUAUUCUUAAUGUGCGAUUUCUUGAAGGAAGAUAUAAAGAAUGAAGAUGGAUUAGUUGAAGUUGAAGCUGAAAAGAUUUGA